CCUAGGUUAGGCUAGCCUCGAUUUGGCCGGAUACUAGAUAUUUGGCUGACCUCCAACUCCAACCUCACGUCCAUGAAACGCGCAAUCUCUAGCUGCGACUUGGAGCCCGCGCUCGUUGAAGCAGCACCGCCUGCCAAACGCCGUAGACCCAUCCCUCUCACGCGAAAGGCUCUCUCGCAGGUCCAGGUGCUGCAAUGUGAGAGCACCGAGUCUGUCCACCACUGGGUCAGUUCUUCUCUCAACGACGACAUGAGUAUGGACCCGAACCAGCCGCACCCGCGACUGCUGGCCCAGACGAUGCGACGAGCAAAAGCGCGAUCGCGAACCCCGAGUCCCGUCAAGAAGCUGCCGCAUUGUGCCACUCCUGAAUACCGAAAUGUGACUAUGAAGCUGGCUUCACUCUUCAUCGAGCGCCACCCUGAACUGCCUGCACAUGUUGCCGCAAGCGUCGAACGCAUAUUGGGAACAGGUACAACGAAGGAGGCAAGCGGGCAAACGGGCGACGAGGAUACAGCACGGGACGCAAUCAUGGCCAACCUCGCCGUGACAUACAGGGCCCAAUGUCGGUCGCUUGCUGGCGACUGCUCCGGCGAGGGCGAAUGGCGAAGCGCUUUAUUAUCGAUCCUAAUGAGUCCACUCAGCAUGCGCUGGUCGCCUGUGCUGAAGAUAAGCGCGUCUGAGAAGCCAUGGAAUAAAUAUCUGAAGCCUACCGUUCCGCAGUUGUCUACUCUAGAUUCUAGGCCACUCGGUCCCAUCGUCGUCCCACCACCGUUAUCAGCAGCCCUCGGCGCAAUGCCCACCCCAACUGCCAGGCCCUUCCAAGACGACCCCUCCGCUAGCAGCGCCGUAUCUACAACAACAAGCGAUUACUCUACAUACUCCACAAACAGUGAAAUACAUCUCUCAACGCCUAAACCUGACAUAACUGUUGGCCUAGAAUCAGAGGCUAUUAGAAAUGCCGCCGACCUUUCGCACGACAUUCUGCUACAUCUACAGACUGGUCUAAACAACCCGUUUAUCAGCGACCCGCACCAGGUGCCGCUCGGCUUGCGGUUUCCCUUCCUAAUCGUUGAAGCUAAGGGUCUGAACACGGGCAGCAACCUAAUACACGCGCAGAACCAAGCUGCGGUAGCUGCAGCAUCGGCCUUCAAUAUCCUCAGCGAUCUUGAUGCGCUCAUCCCCAUUCCCGAAGUCGAUGUCGAAUCUCCCACUCCCACUAUCAUCUUUUCUCUCAUAACUGAAGGGCCUACGCACGAAUUGUGGGUGCACUACCAGACUGCAGAUAAAUAUGACAUGUCCUGUCUGCAGUCUUGGCGCACUACGCUGCCUGGUCAUUCGGAAAAGCUCGUCGAGUGUCUAGGACGAGUGAUGGAGUGGGGGGCAGGUGAUUUCAGAAACGGUAUUGUAGAUAAGGUAGGCGCAUUGUGGAAGAGUAUGUUCGUGCCUGAAGCCGGGCAGCCCGAUGAGCAUCUGCCAAGUGGCAACCGCUCUUAAGUCGCAUGUAACGAAGAGGUCCGUUACAACGCUCGCCCGAUUAAAAUGUCUAUCAAGCCUAUUAUGCAGCUCUUAUGGUAGGAAAGUACAACCUCUUCUACGCGGGGAAUCAAGAAGGAUGGUGGAGACAGAGUCGCAAAGACAUCAUUUUGUUUGGCAAUAACAGCGGAGUUGCACCCUGUCUUGUAAUAUACUUUCAACAAAAUCUGCAUCGUUCCUUAGCUGUUCUGCAUGUUGAGCUGAAGAUGUAUGGUCACUCGAAUCUCUUCACUCAAGCUCCAAAAUCGGUCUCGGAAAUUUGCCUACCCUUCUUGCUCCUGCCACAAACCACCAGGCGAUUCUUGAUGAUAUAUCAAGCACAUCGUACCUAUGCCAUCCUUACCAC